AUGUGGAAGCACGAAUCAUCCGCAAAGAUCAUAGGCACCGAUCUCUUUCUUCGGGUCGUCCACACGAUAGAGGGGAAAGCGAGCAACGUCCGGGAUGCGAUCGACGAAGGAGACCAUUCCGUCUGCAUGCACGUUACCACGGACUCGGUCGACCUGGUUCACAGUUACACCCGCUGCAUGCGUACCGGCCAUACACUAGCAGCACUCAGGGACCCUCAAGUGAAAGAGCGCAGAUGUGGUCUUGCUACCUUGUUGGGUCAACCGACUACUUUCUUCCAGGAGUGCAAAGAUGCGCCGGGGUUCUGCCCGGUAUGCCUGACCGGUUACACAACCACAAUUGAGCAAGCAAAGGUGACGGAAACAUACUGGCAGACAGUUGACAGAUGGACAUACUUCAAACCGACGUUUGAUGGUGUGCGAGUUUCAAUCACCGCUUACCAUCAGUUGGGAUCUUGUAGAAACACGGACGAUUGGAGGUGGCGGGCUCUGGCCGACUUGUACGUCCCGCGCCACGAUGAUAUUGAAUGCCGGAGUAGCAGUCUGCGGAAUCUGCGCCGUUACCCGCCUGGUAUCGUGAAACGUGCAUGGCAAAAACAAGAACAGCGGCUAGAGACACGAUGA